GCAGUCAAGAUAGGUACCUACCUACCUACCGUCAUUGAACCUCAACUUGUGCUCGUAGCCACAGCAAUGUCAUUUAAGUAUAAUGUGCCGUUGAAGAAUUUAGUGUACGAAAGUGCUAUGAAGUAUUAUGCGUAGACGUCUGGACUUUUUCAAUUUUCAAGCUUAUAAAAUUAUAAAAUAUGACUACGCAAAACCAAUGGAUGAGAUUAGCGAAUCUUGUGAAGACUAACAAUGGCACAACAAUUAACAAUGAGAAAAAUCGGCUCAGUGGGUCAAAGCUGCUGGCCGACAUGAGAAAUGGUGUAAACCUUUCAAAAUGGGAACCAGAACUCUGUAUAAAAAUGUUACAGUUACCUGGCGUUGACAAUUAUUUGGCGAUCAAGAAAUUGAUAAAAAAAGCUGACAAGAAAUGGAUCGAAGAGUUCCUGCAGAGAGAUGGUCUGGGCACGCUGUUGAGCAGCUUAGGCACGACGGGCGGAAAAUCUCUGACGGACACGAUGGCCCAGUUGCAAUGCGUCGAAUGCCUGCGUGCUGUCGUCAGGUCCAGGACCGGAUUGAAAUACAUAUCCACUCAUCUGGAAUACUCUUCAUACUUGGCUUCGGCAGUACUCGUAUGCAAUAAUACGACCGUAAAGCUUCAAGUAUACGAACUGUUGUGCGCGUUGUGCGUGUUCUCCUCGGACGGGAUGAUUUUCGUAAAGUCUGUCUUGUCACACAUUAAGAUGAAACAAGAAUUGCGACACGAUUACGAAAUCGUAGUGAUGGAACUGCAGCUGGCGGACACGUUCGCUUAUCAAACGACUCUGUUGGCUUUCGUCAACUGUCUGAUACUUGUCGAACAGAAUCCGAGGAGGAGAACGUGUGUCAGAAACGAACUGAUUGCUCUUGGACUACGGACGGCUAUCGAUAACAUGGAGGGUUACGAAGAUGACGCAUUACAAAUACAAAUUGCCGUGUUCGAAGAGCAUCAGUUGGCCGACGAAAAUCAAUCGCCUCAGAAAUCGCACCAACAGCUACUUAACGAGUUACGGUCUAAGAUAUCAAACACGUUAUACGACUCGUAUUUGCAAAACAUUUUACUGCAAAUGUCUGAAAUGGAUUACAGUGAUACAAAAAUUAAUGACAUUUGGAAUUUGAUCAACGAAGUCAUCUGUAAUGAUCCACGAGCCAUAUUGGAUAUAUACAGGAAAACUUCAAAAACACAUUCUACGGGGUCUCAAACUGACGAGAAAAGACUUAUUAAAGGUUUAUCUCCGAAUGCCCGACGCUGCAGCUUAAAUAUACCAAAAGAUAAGCGAACCACUAUUAAACUUAAAAGACCGUCACUGCCCGCGCUUCCAGUCGUCAGCAAAUUAGACGGACACACUAAUUCGAACAGGCGCCAUAUUAAAAGCCCUAUUCAAUGUUCUAUAUUUACUCAGACAGACCGUGCGUGUUAUUGUGACGGUAUUGGACUUACUGUAGUUGACAGUAAUCCCGAGCUGAAUAAUAACCGUCCAAAUUUAUUGGACGUAAACUGUGUAAAAAAUGAUGCUUGUAAAUCGCUGGAAUCAUCAUGUAAAAGCUCAGUAAUACCACCUCCUCCCCCACUUCCAAUUACAACAGGAAUUCCGCCACCACCGCCACCACCGCCACCACCACCAUCUUCAACACCAAAAAUUCCACUACCGCCACCACUUCCAUCGACAGGAAUAUCGCCACCACCACCCCCUCCUUUACCAUUCAUGGCACCUCUGCCACCUCCUUUGCCAGGAAUGGCACCUCCACCACCUCCUUUGCCCGGAAUGGCACCUCCACCACCUCUGUUGCCUGAAAUGGUACCACCACCACCUCCCUUCCCAGGAUUGCGGUCUCCAGAGCUACUUUUGGUACCGGAGAAAGCUACUCAAUCAUUAACAACAUUGUCAUCGUCAAUGGAAUUGAUGGGACUUGGUAUAACUAUUCCGAAUAUCACUGAUGGUCAUCGGACAGUACCUACAAGAAGAACGAAUAACAAUAUUAAAUACUACUCAUUACCAAAAACCAAAAUGAAGACUUUGAACUGGACCAAGGUCAACAACCAAUAUUUAGACAAUUCCGUUUGGUCGUCAGCAGACCCUCCUAACUUAAAUAUAAACUUCAGGAAAAUUGACGAACUUUUUUGUCAAAAACCCAGAGCAAAAUCUUCUCCUGCAGUUUUGUCGCCCAACGGUAUUUCCAAAUCGAACGUCGUGAAUAUAUUAGACAAUAAUCGGAGUUUAGCGAUCAACAUAAUGCUGAAACAGUUUAAAUCCGGUUCACAUGAAAUUUUAGAUGCGCUCCAGAAUGGGACGACAAUUCCUCUUGAAAAACUAAAAGGCCUUCAACGGGUUUUGCCCACAGACGAAGAGAUAAAAUUGAUAAAGAAAAAAGACGCCAACAAGUCGAUUAUCGGAUCGGCCGAGCUGUUUUGUCUGCAACUCAACAGCAUAAACAACUACCAGUUGAGAAUAAAACUCAUGAUCGAAAAAGAAGAACUACCUGUCAUAGUAUCAGAAAUACACGGUCAACUGGAAAGCAUCAAAGAAAUGUGCGAUGACCUGAUAACAAAUCAGCCGUUCAAGCAAUUCUUGUCGCUUGUGUUGUUUAUCGGCAACUACUUAAAUGCCGGAAGCUAUGCUGGCAACGCGAGCGGAUUUACAUUGGAUACGUUGCCUAAAUUGCUCGACACCAGAGCCAACAAACCUAGAGUUACUUUCCUCCAUUUCGUCGUCGAAAUGGCGCAGACGAACAAUAUGGACGACAUACUGAGUUUCACCAAGUACACCGCGGCGCUCAGGAAUCUCUCCAGGAUAUCGUUUUUGUCGCUGGAAGACGAAAUCAACAUCAAAACGAAACAGAUCAGAAAGUUGCAUUUAGAGUUGUCAAAACAAACGAAAAAACAGAUUUGCUCUCAAUUCUCAGAUUUUAUGAAGCAAGCCGUUAUUGAUAUCGAAACUUUAAACAAGGAGUAUAAGAGUGCAAUGGAGGUAAUUCAAAGAGUAGCCGUUCAUUUCGGCGAGGACGUUAACAAAUUUAAAAUCGAAGAAUGCUUUGCUUUGUUAGGAAAUUUCUUCGAGCGAAUCGACUCGGUUGCUAAGGAAAAUACAAACCGCAGGAUUCAAGAGGAAAAGAAUAAAAUACUCGCCGCUAAAUUGGAAAAAGAGAAGGACGUCCCGAAUGUUAAGAGGCGCGCCCGAGGAUCUAUGGUACCCAAAGACGAAGAAGUAUGCAUAGUGGAUUUGGUGUUGCGAGAUAUUAGGAGAGGAUCGUUUAAUUUAAGAAGCGUAAAAUCUGAAGGUGAAAAGCACAUCUAAUACGGCAUACCAAAUAUUGGAAUGUUUUAGAGCGAAGCAAGUGCAUAUUCCACACCAUUUAUGUUAUAUAAUAUAUUAUAAAUAAUUCCAGAAAGUUGAUUAGGUACAACUAUUAUAAAUACAAAAAUACUGCAUCAUAUAAGACUUUCUAUCAAAAACUAUUCAAAAGUGUCAAUCUUAGCAAAUAUUAUCAUAGAAACAUUAUAGUUGUAAUUUUCGUCUUACAGUUAUUUUAUAUUUAUUUAAUUUCUUUACAAUUUUUUUUUUAUGGAUUAUUGUUUUUUUUUUGACUUUAAUUCAUAUACCAUUCUUACCACUCUUUGUUCUUUUUUUUUAUACGAUAAUUUAGUAUUAUAAUCAACACCUUAUUUAUACAUUUAUAAUAACGUUUUCGAUGUAUCUUUGUUUUUAUUUUUUUAUACUCUUAUCGAGGAUUAUGGAAACAACUAAAAUAUUGUAUAUUUAUGGUUAUGUAGGUUUUAAGCUUAAUCUACUAGAAUCUAAAAUAUUUAUUAUAUAAGUUAUGGAUUUUAUCGUGCCAUUAUAUGAGUUCAAAUGA